UAAUCAUUCAUUUUAACGGAAUCUCCCUGACAUGUCUACGAGCUCAAGCGCCGCAAUCGCCGUAACCUCAGCGGACGAUCAUUUCCGGCCGUCGGAAGCUAUGACCACUGUAGACUACAGCGAUUCCUCCACGUCUUCGUCGUCUCCAAUGACUCAGUCCUUUCCUUUCUCAUCUGGAAACCCUAGGAUCGAAGAGACACGCGGCGUCAUGCACCUUUUCUCCAAUGACGGCGUUUGCGGUCUUCCCGUUGGAAGGAAACCUUCUGUUUCUGUUCUUGGGGUGCCAAAUCACAUGACUUAUGCAGAUUUCUGCCAGUUUUGCGCUUCUUUUCUUCACCACAUAUUGGAGAUGCGAAUAGUCAGGAAUGAUGGGAUGGAGGAUCAAUAUAGCAUCCUGAUACAAUUUGACAGUCAGGACUCCACAGAUAGAUUCUAUCAACACUUUAAUGGUAGACAAUUUAAUUCUUUGGAGGAAGCUGUUUGUCAUGUGCUUUUUAUAGUCGAUGUACAGUUCACUGGUUAUAGUGGUUCACUUGACGCUCAGCCUUCCGUGACAAGCACAAAUGAGCAGCCUUCAUGUCCAGUUUGUCUUGAGAAAUUAGACCAAGACAUGGGUGGAAUUCUCACAACUAUCUGUAAUCAUUCUUUUCACUGCUCGUGCAUUUCAAAAUGGGAAGAUUCUUCUUGUCCAGUUUGCCGAUAUUGCCAGCAACAACCUGAAAAAUCAAUAUGUUUUGUAUGUCAAACUUCUGAGAAUCUAUGGCUUUGUGUUAUCUGUGGUUUUGUUGGCUGUGGGAGGUACAAAGCAGGACAUGCCACCAGACAUUGGAAAGAAACACAACAUUGCUAUUCUCUUGAACUGGAAACACAGCGUGUUUGGGAUUAUGCUGGUGACAACUAUGUUCACCGAUUGAUUCAAUCAAAAACUGAUGGAAAAUUAGUUGAGUUGAAUUCCCAUUGCGUGCAUGCUAAUGAUGGUUGUGGAAGUUGUGACUGUGUAAAAUCUGGAAUUAGUGAUGCUCUUUUAAACAGCAAAGUUGAAGCGAUUGUUAAUGAAUACAAUGAGCUCCUAGCCACCCAACUUGAGAACCAAAAACUAUAUUUUGAGACUUUGCUUCAAGAAGUCAAAGAUGAAACAGAAAGGGAAAUUGCGGAAGCAGUUAAGAAGGCCAUUGCACAAAAGUUGCAGAAGUUGCCGGCUAAGCUGGAUAGGUGUCUCAAAGAGAAGAAAUUUCUUGAUGAAGUCAAUGAGAAUCUUUUGAAAAAUCAGGAGAUAUGGAAAGCAAAGAUAUUGGAGAUUGAGGAGAGGGAGAAAAAAGCUCUGAAAAUGAAAGAUGAUAAAAUUCAUGACCUGGAAGAACAGCUUAGAGACUUAAUGGUGUACCUAGAAGCUGGAAGAACAAUGGAGCAGGUGUCAACAUCAAAUGAAAUCAAGGAUGGAACCGUCUUGCCAAUAUCUGUGGAGUCUUCUUCAGGGACCAAUUCCAAGAGUGCAAGAAAAGCUAAUAACCGUAGAAAAAGCUGAAUUUAAAAGUCACUUGGUUUAAGAAUGUGCUUAUUAAUUCAUUCAUUUCAAGUCUUCUUUAUUUUUUGGUUCCAUAGAAGACUAGGCCCUUUUUUGUGCAGUUGUGAAGUCAGUAGUCUGCUAAAUUUAGUGUAGCAAAAUCACAUUGAUCAGGAGUUUUGGUUGUCUGUACAUUGAAAGUCCCCAGAACUUAGGGAUUUCUAGAGAAUAGUAGCUGUACAUAAUAUGAUGGUUUCUAAAUGGAUUUUUAAAAAAGAAAAAGAUAGAUAUAUCAUACCAAAUAA